UGGAGAGGCAAGUGCACUUAACAGUACUUAGAGGUUGAGGUUUUAUUAGUCUAUUUACUAACUGUUUGUUAGCAAAUAGUUGUUCGAGGAUUUACAAUGAGUGGUAAUCGCCGAGGAAUAGGUUCUGCUCUACUUUUUCUGGCACUCUCUGUGACUUAUCAAAUUCUACCAUCAACGCGGGCAUUCCCAAUAGAUUGCCAAAAGAACACUGCAGUCUGUUUAGAAAAAAUAACGAAGGACGUCACUCAAGUUCAGGAGAACAAAACAUUGGCGAAAUCUAAGAACUGUGUUGAGCUCUACUAUUCCGGUCAAAGGAUCAGCGGUGUUUACACAAUCGACCCAGAUGGCUCAGGUGCCUUUAAUGUCUAUUGUGACCAAACUACUUCCGGUGGGGGAUGGACAGUCUUUCAGAAGAGAAUGGAUGGCUCCGUUGAUUUUAACCGCACCUGGAAUAACUACAAAUAUGGCUUCGGUAACUUGCUCGGUGAAUUUUGGCUCGGACUGGACAAGAUAAACCGUCUGACACAAAACAAAACAAAGAACAUGCUUCGAAUAGAUCUGGGGGUAACUACGCGCCAAACUGUUCACGCUGAGUAUGAAUGGUUUGGGAUUGGGAAUGCGACGGCUGACUACCGCCUGUACAUUGGCAAUAUGACAACAGAUUCAACUGUUUCCUCUGACUCCCUCAAUCCUCACAAAGAUCUCAUUUUUGGUACCUGGGAUAGAGAUCCUGCCCAUUGUGCUCAAAAAAGAGGCGGAGGCUGGUGGUAUGGCAACAGUAGUGCUUGUGCUGUUUGGUCGAAUCUCAACGGAAUUUAUCCGCAUUGUCGAAAGGAAACCUGGGCCGAUAUCCAUUGGGGAAAAUUAGAUCCAAACAGUCCCGCGGGUAGCGCCCCCAUAUCAACUGAAAUGAAAAUUAGACCAGUGGAUCUUUUUUAAAAUUUUCUGACGGUAAAGUGUUCAUGUAUAUAGUGAUUUCUGCGUCCUCUGAUCGGUCGACUUCGCUUUUAUUACAAUUGUGAUUGGCAGAUUAGUGAUCGAGUGGCCGUCCUUGAAUUUGAAUGAAUUCCGCCAAGGGAACAUCAUCGUUAACUGUUUCCCUCGCGAUCAGGCAUCAAGUGCAUUUAUUUGCAUGCAUGGUGAUUUUGAUUCUUUUUUACGAACUAUUCAUUGUUGAUUUGAAAAC